CACCGACAGUCGGCCAUUUCGAUUUUCCACAGCUUCGAGCCUUCGCCCUUCGUCCGAUCGUCUCUUCCCCUCUUCCGUCCGGCGAUCCCGAGUCCCGACUCGUCCGGCUGUCCCAGACUGGCAAAUCCCGUCGGCCAUCGGCCACCGCUCUCUCUCCCAGACGGCAGACCCCUAGAUCUUCUUGCCCAUCGCGAAUCGCUCUCGAUCUCUUCGGCAAAACCCUAGAUCCUGCAUCUCUUCGGCGUCCGGCGACUUUGGCAUACUUCGUUCCGACUCUCAAGGUAUCCCCCUCCUCUGAACCCGAGAACUGCAUAUGUACUAUUAAGGGAGAGUUGGGGGAGAGGGAGAGAGAGAGAAGCGAUCGGCUCUAUUUCCCUGUCAUAUCUCGAGGUGGCUUCGUUGGCAUUUAGAAUAUUAUCCUUGGGGAGAAAUUGGUCCUAUGGCUGCUUCGUCUCAUGCCUCUAGUAACAGUAAGGCUGUUGAUUCUAUUACUGCUGCAAUCACAAAUGGUAGUGCAACGCCUCAACGAUCAAUAAGCCUUGACCCACCGAAGCAGAACCUCCGUGGGCUUAACAAGCCAAAGUGCAUUAAAUGCGGCAAUGUUGCUCGUUCAAGGUGCCCCUUUCAGUGCUGCAAGAGUUGCUGUUCCAAAGCUCAAAAUCCUUGUCAUAUUCAUGUUUUGAAACAAAAUGGUACUCUACCCGACAAGCCACCGCCAUCUAGCUCACCUUCAUUGGAACAAUCAUCAACUGAUGCACCUUCGACUGGAUCGUCGUGGAGACUGAAUUCACUCAGACAACUUUCCACUGCUUUUGCCAAUUCUCUACGAUCUAAGAAACCUUUGACCCGGAAGGAUGCUAUUAAUAUAAACAAGUGGAGGUUCAUGAAGUUGAAGGAGCACAUUGAAGGAAACAUUGAAGCUGAAAAUGAAGCAUUUGAUAAGUACAUACAGAAUGUUGGUCUACUGGAGGAAACAUUCUCUGUUGUCGAGAUGCUCAAACUAGAGGACCAGCAAAUACUGGAAGAUGUAUCAUCGGAUGACAAGAUUCAUAAGUUGGUAUCUGAGAUAAAAGUGAAGCUAAAAUCAAAUACUGAAAAGGCAGACAACUUAAGAGAGAGGAUUCGGAGCCUGAUUAAUCAGAAGUUAAGGAAGUUGCAGGAAAGGGAGCUUUUUAAUGAUGAGGGCUUACCCUAUGACGAAGAACAAGAUGCCAACAGAGAGUUCAAAAGACUAAAGAAAGUUAUAAAAUGGCAUGCUGAGAGAUAUGCAGCAGUGAACGAUCUUAUGGAUAAGUUGAAUAGAGCGCGAAGUGAAGAUGAUCUGAAAUCUUGCUUGGAGUCAAAGCAUCAACUGUUCAACCGCUCAGAUGUUAAUUUUGUAGACAAAUCUAAGGAUCCAAAUUCUGAGGAUAAAAUGGUGCACAAAGAAGAAUCAGACAGUUUGCCUGCUGUCUCUUCCUAUUCUUUGCCUAUGGUUUGUUCAACUGUUCAUAUUGAUCCGGCCGCUCUCUCUAAUAUCGAUGCUGAAUUUUCAUCUCUUGGUCAAAUAGCUCAAUUGUGAUUCAGAGCAUUUACAAAACCAUGAUCUUGGACACCAUUCAUACCGCAACUUUCCAUGAAUAUGUGCCUGAGGAACUCGUAGCAAUGUUGCAGAUACCCUGAAAAAGUAGACUGGCAGGUGAUGGCAUUGUCCAAGUUUUUCCUGGUGGAAGAAGUUUGCUGCUAUGGAAUGAAGCAGCAUAUCGUUUUCCUUUGGUUUCCAACUUUACAGUCAUGUAUCACAGCAUGUGAAACAUCCCACUUAAUAUGUUGGAUAAUUGUCUGUUGCAGCUCCUCCUGCAACAUUUCAACCGAGGAUCGUCCAACACGGUAACAUCUUAUGAUUAUGGUUUUUUAAGUGUUUUCGGUCUCGAAAACAUUUAUAGAUAUGGUUUUUAUGUCCCCCUUAUUUCUAA